GCUUCAUUCGUUCUUUAACAUCUUUUUGUGCCUCUACCAAUAUAAUACCUCCGGUCGCUUUUAUUCAAAUCAUUUUCGAUAUUAUUUUUUACCAUUUGCUUUGUAUUUCUUGCAAAAAUAUCUCGACAAUGUCCGGAAUCGAUUAUAGUUAUUUUAUCAACACGAGAUCGGCGAGAAGACGACCGGCUUUAACCAGAGAAAUAACGAAGAGACAAUACGGCGGUCACAAGGACCACAUCUCGCUAGCCGAAGGCGUCCCCAACGAGAUCACCUUUCCCUUCGAAUCCAUCACGGUGAACCUCAAAGACGGCCAGACAUUCGCCAUCAAAGGCCAAGAACUGGCCGCCGCCUUGCAAUACAUCCCCAGCCAGGGCUACCCGCCUCUCCUCAAGCAAGUCAAGGAGUUCACGCGCCGGCUGCACCGCCCUCCCGCCUGGGACAAAUGCGACACCAUCAUCACCAACGGCUCCCAGGACGGCAUGAGUCGCGUCUUGGAGAUGAUCCUCGACGACAACGACACCAUGCUGGUGCAGAAUCCCUACUACGCCGGAACGGCGGCUAUUGUGAAACCUUUGAACGUCAACGUGAUCGGAAUCGAUCAAGACGAGUCCGGUAUACAACCCCGCAAACUCGUCGAGGCGUUGGAGAAUUGCAAGAAAUACACGGAGGAAGGCGGAGGGAAGAUGCCCAAAGUCAUGUACUUGAAUCCGACGGCUUCGAAUCCAUCUGGUACGACGAUGCCCACCGAUCGAAAGAUCGAAAUCUAUCGAAUCUGUUGCGAAUACAACAUUAUCAUAUUGGAGGACGAUGCGUAUUAUUUUCUGCAUUUCCUCGAUCGACAGCCCGAUAGUUUUCUGAGCAUCGACACCGAAGGUCGCGUGAUCAGAUUGGAUUCGAUGUCGAAGGUGCUCAGCUCCGGUUUGAGGCUGGGAUGGCUGACGGGACCGAGGAAAUUGGUGGAGCAAAUCGAAAUACACAUCUCCAGCUCUAUCUUGCACUCCAGCGUGCUCUCGCAGGUCAUCAUGGAGAACCUGUUCAGGAAAUGGGGCAUCAACGGGCUGGUGUCCUACUUCGAGAAGGUAGCGGCUUUCUACAGGGUGCGCCGCGAUUUCACCAUAGCCUCGAUGGAGAAGCACCUGAAGGGCCUCUGCGAAUGGGACGUCCCAUCCGGCGGGAUGUUCGUUUGGUUCAAAGUCCUCGGAGUCUCCGACGUCUACGAUAUGCUGUUGACGCGCGGUUUGCGAAAACACAUCACAUUUAUACCGGGUCAGAAUUACAUGGCCGAUCCGACGGCGGCUUGUAAUUACGUGAGGGCCUCUUACAGCAAAGCUUCGAUGAAGCAAAUCGACAAAGCCAUGAGGAUCCUGGCGGAGCUCAUCAGAGAGGAGCACUUGUUGUUGAGGAGGAAAUUGGACGGUUUAGAAGAGAAUCUGAUCAUUAGACACACUUAGCGUUUAGAGUAAAUUAUUUGUAAAGAGUUGUAUGUAAUACGUUUGGUGGAACGGAAUUCCAUCGAAGCUAACGAUCGGGAUAUAUCCGGGGAAUACCCGGUUUGGUGAGGGUGAACAAAAAAAUUAUCUAUUGUACAAAGGAUGGGUAGCAUUUUACACACGUGUCUUUAUUUGCACAUUGGAAUAAGAGAUUAUUUUUGCUUAUGUAAUUAUCUAGACUUUGUAUUAGGGGAAUUGGAGGUUGUUGGAAAUGUGCUUGUUUCAAUUGUUAGAUGAUUUCGAAUACUAAUAAAAUUUGUAUUUUGUAUAAUAUUUGAUGAUGAAAAGAUGAUGAAUCUUGGAAAUUUGACGUAUCGGAGUAUUGUAUUGAAGAUUAUGUAAUUUUAUUCUGUACAUUUAUUGUAUUCUGUGUUUUGGGUUAUUCAAUUAGUUGUGAAGAAUAUAAUUAUGUUAAUAAAUUGUAUACUGAGAACAAUAAUAAUAAGUAACUAAUUUUAUUAUGCAAAAAAUAUUGAUUUCAAAUAAAUAUUGUUUGUAUAUCUAAUA